AUGAAGGAUAUUUCUUAAAAUAAAAACACUUUCGUAAGAAAACAAAAUACUUUAUAAAAUUAUUCAAAUAAUUCUAAUAAUAUCUCAACAUAUAGUAAGAAUAUGUAAAAGGAGCAAAAAGAGUAAAGUCCUAUACAAACUACAUAUAGUAAAAAAAAUUAAAUUAAAGAAAAUGAAAAUAUUCCUUUUUAAUUCGAUGAUGAUGAUUAAUAAUUUUAGUUUAUUUUAAAUGAAGAUGAUAUUGAAAAUAAUAAUAUUCUAUAAUAAAUAAAUAACAACUUUUUGAAAUCAUUUAAAAGUGAAACAACAGACACAUAUAUUAACAAAUUAGAUUUCUCUAUAGUUAAUUCUUAAUAGCCUAAAGAUUAUAUAUUUGUAUUUGGAGGGUUUGUAGAAAAUAAUAUAAAUGUAAUAGAAAGAUACGAUAUUUAAUAAAAUAAUUGGGAUUAAGUAUAUAAUUUAGACAUAAAUAGAGCAAAGUUUUCAGUUGUUUAAUUAGAUAAUAAAGUCAUAUUAAUAAUGGGAGGAAAAAAAAAUGGAUUAAGAGUUUCAUAAUGCGAAGAAUUCAAUUUAUAAUAAAAUAUUAUAUAAUCAAGUAAUAUUAGCCUAACUUCUCCAAAAAGUGGUUUCGGAGUAUUAAAUUUAGGAGAUAAUAAAAUAAUAGUUGUUGGUGGGAAUGAUGGAUAAAGUAUUUAAUAUUCAACAGAAUUAUAUGAUUUAAAUAAUUUAAGUGUUAUAAAAUUAGAAAAUAUGAACGAAAAAAGAGAUGAAUUAGCUAUAGCAUAAGGUUUAGAUAAAAGAAUAUAUGCUAUAGGUGGUUUUGGAGGAAAAAAUAAUAUUUGUUUAAAAACUGUAGAAAGAUAUGAUUUUUAAACUGAAAAAUGGUAAACUAUUGCAUCUUUAAAUACACCCAGGAGAGCUUUAUGUGCGGUUACUUUACCAGAUGGAAUUUAUGCUAUUGGAGGGUUUGAUGGAACUAACUAUUUAUGUUCAGUAGAAAAAUAUGAUGAAUCAUUAAAUUAAUGGAGUUAUAUAAGUAAUAUGAAUAAUCCUAGAUGUACUUUGAGUGCAGUUAUAUCUUAAGAUAAUUAAUAUAUAUAUGUGUUUGGAGGAUUUGAUAAUGUACCUUUGAAUUCAGUUGAAAGAUAUAAUUUAGUUGAAGAUAAAUGGGAAAUUAUUCAAAAUAUGAAAUUCUCAAGAUUUAUGCAUAAUUCUAUAUUAAUAGAAGAAGAUAUAUAAAAAUGA